AUGAGGUGCCUCCGGAAGAAGAUGAGCCUCGUCUACACGGCCUCCUACCGAUACAAGCGGGCACUGCAAACGAUGGCGGCGGGACUAUUUCUCAUCUACAUCACGCUGGUCCUGUACCAGACCGUCGGCAGCGAUGGCACCGACCCCGAUCGGGUCGGUGCGGCCAAUUUACAGGAUCUUCAAACACUCGAUGCAAUGAUGCUCGAUAGUGGUGCUGAUGGCGUUGCUGUUGGUGCUGGUGGUGGUGUAGGUGGUAAUACUGGUGGUGCUGCAGCUGCUCCCGCAAGUGCAGGUGUUGAUCUCGUUGACGCGGCUGCAGUGAUAAGCAAACGUGAUUACAGUGAGCCUAGCGAGGCGCGUUUAGUGGAUGCGAACAAGUUAGUGACGGAGCGUGGUGUAGAGCCGAGUCGUCGGACGUUAGAUGGCAAAAGGAUACCGGCACCCCCGGCCGUAACUGGCACCCCAAAACCACCCACCACCGAGCUGGAUGAUCUGCUGAUCAGCGUCAAAACAACCAAGAGCUACCACGACACGCGGCUCGAAAUGAUCAUCAAGACCUGGUACCAGCUGGCCAAGGAACAGACGUGGUUCUUCACCGACACCGACGACCCGCACUACCAAAAGUUAACCAACAAUCACAUGGUCAACACGAACUGCUCCCAGGGACACUUUCGUAAGGCGCUCUGCUGCAAGAUGGGCAAGGAGUUUGAAUUUUUCCUCGACAGUGCCAAAAAAUGGUGGUGCCACUUCGACGAUGAUAACUACGUGAACGUUCCACGACUUGUGCGAAUGCUGGACGAUUACAGCCCCACGCAGGACUGGUACCUUGGAAAGCCGAGCAUAUCAUCUCCCUUGGAGAUCUUCCUAGAUAAUACCAAAACGUCCACGGAGGUGAACAAAAAGGUGACGUUCUGGUUCGCGACCGGCGGGGCCGGAUUCUGCGUCAGCCGGGCGUUAGCACUGAAGAUGAUGCCCAUCGCUGCCAGCGGCAAGUUCGUCGCGAUCGGCGACAAGAUCCGAUUUCCGGACGACGUUACGAUGGGAUUCCUCGUAGAGCAUAUCCUGAAGGUACCGCUGACUGUGAUCGAUGCGUUCCACUCGCACCUGGAGCCGAUGGAAUUCAUCCGGCCAGAAACGUUCCACGAUCAGGUGUCGUUUAGCUACGCCCGUAUGCGCAACGAAUGGAACGUGGUCAAGGUGGACGGGUUCGAUCUAAAGACGGAUCCGAAGCGGAUCUACUCGCUGCACUGCUACCUCUAUCCGUUCUUCAGCAUCUGCCCGAAAUCGAUAAGAAGGCGAUGAAACGGCGCUGCAUCGCGCAACCAAGCAGUUAGAGCCAAAUCAAAGGAAAGCAAAAGCAAAGCUCCAUCCGCCAUGCGAGGGAGAUGUGAGGUCGCCAACAAUGCUUCGAAAACUGUGAUCGCUCGGCUCACCCACCCCGUCCGGCAAUACCCGUGAAAGGACAUAGGACAUAGGUAGAGUGCGAGGGCAAUAUGUAGACAGUAGUUGUAACAAAUAGCUGGUACCCCUACCUGUAGUCGGUGAGGUGUUGAACUAGAAAUGUAAAUGAAUUAAACAAUUAAACACAAAUGAUGGCAUAUACAGGUUGUUAUUCAUGAGCCGCAGAUCCUUAGAUCAUAGAGUUAUGGUGUACAGUGAAGGAUAUGGACCAGGCCGUGAAGGAUAUGGACAGGGAGGUUGGAUAAACCAGGCAAUCGUUAUAUACAACUUAAUGAGGAUCAAACAGAGGACCAUUAGGGUUGCGAAAGGAGAAACUCCACUGCUGGGUAAACGUUAAAAUGCGAUCGUUACACAGCCAUGCGCUGCAUAAUUUAUCGGAAAGUGCAUUCGAUCGAUUAUCAGUCUAGUCUUUGUCUGUAGAUAGUAAAAGGAACGGUUUUAGGCCCCGUUUGUACCGUAGGCGCUGUUGUUUGAGCUGCAGUACUUUAUCCCCCGCUCCUGUGCAGAACGAGCCGUCGAGAGUCUUCCGGUGAUUUGGAAUCAAAUUUAGACAGGAUUCUAACAUUUAAGUCAAGCUGUACAUAUCUCACCACUACGAUUAGGGAGCGUAGGUUAAAUUGUUAAAUCGUCGUCGUCGUCAUUAACUGUAACUAAAGUGUUGGCAGCGAAUAGAAGUAGGUGUUGCAUAUAGCAGUAGGUGUUGCGAAUAGCACCUUAGGGAACGCGAAAACCAGCUAGACAAACAUAUGCGGUGCAAAUGUCCACCAUCUUCCAAAUGCGAAACAU